AUGUUGCGUGUGUGACAUCAUCAUCAACAACAACAAUAAAAUUAUAAUUGUAAUUAUAAUAAUGCCACGUUUUCCACGAUUUACAUAUCGAUUUAUUCGAUUUAUAAUCAUUUUUAUAAUAAUAUUUUCAUUAUUUAUAAUUUGUUUUUAUUCAUAUCAUUGGUAUGAUUUGGAAAUGGUGCAGAAAAAUUAUGUUAAACAAAUUAUAAAAUUAUCAAUUACAAAUGACCACGAUCAACAACAGUCAUUACUAACGUUGAACGUUGAUGAUAUCCAUCGAAAUUUGAUCAAGAUUUACCAUCAACAGCCGCAACAAACAAAUCGAUUAUCACCAUCAGCCAUCGAUCAAUAUUGGUCGAUGGCUAAAAAUUUCAAUUUAACUGAAGAAAAUUUCGGGGAAUGGAAAAAAUCCUUUACCGGUGGUGGUGAUGACGUACGAAUUCGACAAGAUUUUCCACAAUCAUUUUUCGGUACCAUACUUGGUUAUCACCUGAAGAUUGCAUCAAGCUUAGACAAAAUUCUUCGUUUAAAUUAUCCCGAAAAUUUAACCAUUGAUAAAUUGAUUGAUGAACGACGACAACAAGGAUGGAUAACAAAUUUAAAAUUAAAUGAAUUUCAACCGAUAACAUUUUUGAAUUUUGGUGCAAAAAUUUGUGAAUCAAAAUCAUUGGGUUUUGAUCUUGAAGCAUUGAUUUUUGUAAUAACAGCACCUGAUGAUUUUGAAUUACGUUCAGUAAUACGACAAACAUGGGCUAGAAAAUUUCAAGAAAACAGUAGACAAAUUCGUUUAUAUUUUGCUAUUGGUUAUUCUAGAUAUUCCCAACAUCAUCAACAAUUACAAAUUGAACAAGAAUAUUACCAAUAUUAUGAUCUAAUACAAUGGCCAUUUAUUGAAAAUUAUAAUCGUUUAUCAAUAAAAUCAAUGGCUUUAAUACGUUGGUCAGCAAUUUAUUGUCCAAUGGUCAAGAAUAUUUAUAAAAUUGAUGGUGAUUCAUUAGUAAAUUAUGAUAAUUUUAUGAAAUUUAUAAUGAAAAUUAAUAAUGAUUAUAAUGAACGACAAACUAAAACUACAAAUGUAAAUACAUUAAAAUUAUCAGCAUAUGGUAAUAUACGUUAUCCACAAGCAAUAAGAUUUUGGUCAAAAUUUGCAACAUCAUUCGAUGAUUAUCCAUAUGUUUAUUAUCCGAAAUAUACUGAUGCUAGUUGGAUGUUAUCCGGUGGUCCAGGUAAUUCAUUAUUAACCUAUGCAACAGGUAUAUUGGAAACAAUGCCUGCACUACCGUGGGAAGAUGUACUGAUUACCGGCUUGAUACCACAACGUAUGCAAAAUAAUCAUCAUAUCGAUUAUAAACAUUAUUAUUUCCCUGGUUAUAAUGAUCGUAUUAAAAUUAAUGAAAUUGAUAAUUGUAAAUUUCAAAUGUCAAUAAUAUUUACACAUAAAUUUAAUCAAUAUAAUUUACAAAGAAUUUGGAAAUCAAUGAAUAUUGAUUGUACAUUACCAGGGUUAACAUUGAAUGAUACAUUUUCAUUGGGUAUUGUUGAUGAUUCAAUUAUACAAUAUAAUUAUGAUGAUUCCAUUUCAACAUAUUCAUUACAAUAUUCGGAUCAUUUAUUUCGUUUAAUAAAUGGUCGUUUAUCAAAAAUUGAACAAAUAUUUCCCGUAUUGAUUGAUGAUGAUCAUUUUAAUGAUUUAUUGAAAAAAAUUCAACAUAAAAAUCAAUUAUCAUUUGCUGUACAACAAUCAUUAAUGGAACCAUUAUAUAUUUAUCAUUUAUUAUUUGAUCAAACACAUCAAAUUAUAUUACAAUCAUCAACUGGUAAUAAUUAUUAUUUUGUUGAUGAACAAAUACCGAAUGAAGAAUAUGAUGUUAAAAAAUUAAUACCAAUUUGGUCGGCCGAUAUGGAUAUGAAUAUUGUUUUGAAUCAAAUAAAUUAUCUAAUGUUAAUGAUUGAUGAAAAACAUGGACAAACAUUUGUAUUUGAUUCUAUUUAUUUACAACGUAAACCAUAUGGUUUAAUUUGUUUUGUACCAAAUACACAUCAUUCAAAAUUAAUGUUUAUAUCAUAUGUUGAUAAAGAUACUAAAUGUGAAUCAACAAUUAAAUUAAUUGAUCAAAUUGAUUUUGCCUUUUUAACUAAGCAAACAUUAUAUUUAGUUUCAAUACAACAACAAAAUGUUUAUCAAAUAUCACAAUCAUUAUUUUAUUUUGUUAAUACGGAAAAAGAUAUGCAAAUGAAACCGAUAAAAGAUGUUUUCAGUUGUCAUGCUGAUCAACAUUCUGAACAUAUUGAUACAUCACAAUCAUCACAAUCAUCAAAAAAACGUAUUACAAAACCGGAUUUAAAUCUAAAUCAACCAUGGUAUCAAUUUAUAAUUAAAUAUAAAUUAAUAAUUAUAGUGGCUAUAUUUUUAUUUACAUUUUUUUUUUUAUUAGCAUCAAAUUGUCAUGAAUCAGGACAAACAUUAGAAGAUACAAUAUCAUUAGGUAUAUUUUAUCAGGAAAUUUGGCAAUUUACAAAAAGUCAUUCAAUAAUACGUUAUCCAUAUUUUCAUGAAAGACAUUCAAGUGGUCGUAAACAACGUUUAUAUUUAUCUGAUGGUCAAGUUGAUUCAUUUGAAAAACGUUAUGAUCAAUUGUGGAAAGAUAGCCACUUUCAAACAAGUUUAUCAAAUGAUAGAACAAUGAAACAUUUUUUUUUAGCAUUACAAAAAACUGAUUAUGGUCAUCCAUUUAUGACCAUACAUAUUGUUGAUAAUCAAAAACAUCAUGUUUUAUUUCAAGAUAUUAUUCAUACUGAUUCAUAUAAUACACUUAUACGUUUACAACAUACAAAUGAUGAUCAAAAUUGUGGUCAAACAGCAAAUAUAUUUUCAACAAUACGUUAUGGUUUUAUUGUUAAUGAUUUUAUAUUUUUAGUUACAGCAAAUGCAUCAAAUGUUUAUCUAUUUGAUAUAUCUGUAUUUUUUACAUGGAAUUUAGAGAAAAAAUUUUAUACAAAAAAAUUAUCAGAAAUAAUUUUUUGUGAAAAAAGACCUGAAGGUGCUGAAGAUUAUAUUCUAACACCACCAAGUAAUGAUGAUACAAAACGUAUUUGGAAACCAUCAGAUUUCCCGGAUAAUCCUGAUGAUAAAAAACCAAUGGCAUUAAUUAUAUUAGGUGUUAUUUCAAUUAUUACAAUAUUAAUUAUAAUUGGUGUUGUAAUUUAUGGUUCAUUAUUUGUUUAUCCAAAACAAAAAAAUAAAAAAGAAGCAAACAAAACAUCAUCAACAACAAAAUCAAUGGAUGAUAGAUUAACAGCUGGACAAUUAUCAAGUGAUAUUAGUGAACAACCAUCAACACAACCAUCACAAAGAGCAAGAAAAUCAACAACAUCAACAAUGUCAACAAAAAGUAGUAGAAUUACAAGUAAUUUAAGUGGUAAAUCACCAAUGACAUCAAAAUCAAAAGCAUCCACAAUAAAACGUAAAAGUUCAUCACCUGGUAAACGAAGUAGUAGAGUAAUGUCGAACAAUUGAAAAAUGAUGAUGAUGUGAAUGUAGAAUGGAAUGGAUGGAUGGAUGGAUUACGAAAAACGACAUUUGAAAAUUCAUUCAUUUCAU